CCUGACGGACGGGCCAAUUGACCAAUCAGAAUUCGGCACGGAAGACGAGGCCCGACUGUGAUUCGUUGAAAUUGGGUUGGGGGCGUGGCUUCAAACCAGUUGUUACCCCGAGCUACCCGAGUUCCUGAGAAUCUGUCAGGGAAGCUGAAAACAUGUGUGGAAUUUUCGCCUAUCUCAACUACCACGUGCCAAGGACUCGCCGUGAGAUCCUUGAGAUCCUCCUCAAAGGUCUGCAACGUCUGGAGUACAGAGGCUACGACUCAGCCGGAGUGGGAAUUGAUGGGGGCAACAGCAAGGACUGGGAGUCUAAUGCCAAGUCUAUCCAGCUGAUCAAGCAACGUGGAAAAGUAAAGGUCCUUGAUGAGGAGAUCCACAAACAGCAGGACAUUGACCUGGAUGUGGAGUUUGAUGUUCACCUCGGUAUUGCUCACACCCGCUGGGCCACCCACGGUGUUCCCAGCCCAGUCAACAGCCAUCCACAAAGAUCUGACAAGAACAACGAGUUCAUUGUCAUUCACAAUGGAAUCAUCACCAACUACAAAGACCUGAGUAAAUUCCUGGAGAGCAAAGGCUACGAGUUUGAGUCAGAGACUGAUACGGAGAUUAUUGCAAAGCUGGUGAAGUACAUGUACGACAACCGGGAGAACGACGACAUCAGUUUUGCUACACUGGUCGAACGUGUGACUCAGCAGCUGGAGGGAGCUUUUGCAUUGGUCUUCAAGAGUGUCCACUAUCCUGGAGAGGCAGUCGGCACGAGGAGGGGAAGUCCUCUUCUGAUGGGAGUGCGCAGUGACCACAAGCUGUCAUCUGAUCAUAUUCCUGUGCUCUACCGCUCCUCUGGUAAAGACAAGAAGAGCUGCGGUGCCCUGCCCAGGACCGACCAGGACACGUCCUUGUUCCCUGUGGAUGAAAAAGCAGUGGAGUACUACUUUGCCUCUGAUGCAAGCGCAGUGAUCGAGCACACAAACCAGGUGAUCUUCCUGGAGGAUGACGAUGUGGCUGCUGUGAGGGAAGGCCGACUGUCCAUCCACAGGAUAAAACGCAGAGCCGGAGACUACCCAGCCCGCGCCAUCCAGACGCUCCAAAUGGAACUGCAGCAGAUCAUGAAGGGUAACUACAGCUCCUUUAUGCAGAAGGAGAUCUUUGAGCAGCCGGAGUCUGUGGUGAACACCAUGAGAGGGAGAAUCAACUUUGACAACAACACAGUUAUACUGGGUGGACUGAAGGACCACAUCAAAGAGAUUCAGAGGUGCCGGAGACUGAUCCUUAUUGCCUGUGGCACCAGCUACCAUGCUGGAGUCGCUACACGUCAGGUCCUGGAGGAGCUAACGGAGCUGCCUGUCAUGGUGGAACUAGCCAGCGACUUCCUGGACAGGAACACACCCGUCUUCCGAGAUGAUGUCUGCUUCUUUAUCAGCCAGUCAGGGGAGACUGCUGACAGCCUUUUGGCCCUGCGCUACUGUAAGGAGAGGGGGGCUUUGACUGUGGGCAUCACCAACACAGUGGGCAGCUCCAUCUCGAGGGAGACUGACUGCGGAGUGCACAUCAACGCUGGGCCAGAGGUCGGAGUAGCCAGCACCAAGGCCUACACCAGUCAGUUUGUGGCCCUCAUCAUGUUUGCACUCCUGAUGUGCGAUGACAGGAUUUCCAUGCAGCCCCGACGUCGUGAGAUCAUCCAGGGCCUGAGAGUGCUUCCAGAUCUGAUUAAGGAGGUCCUGAGUUUGGAUGAUGAAAUCCAGAAGUUGGCGACAGAGCUGUACCAGCAGAAGAGUGUGCUGAUCAUGGGCAGAGGCUACCAUUACGCCACCUGCCUUGAAGGAGCACUGAAAAUCAAGGAAAUCACAUACAUGCACUCAGAGGGCAUCCUGGCUGGAGAGCUGAAACACGGUCCGCUGGCCCUGGUGGAUAAACUCAUGCCUGUCAUCAUGAUCAUCAUGAGAGACCACACCUACGUCAAAUGUCAGAACGCCCUCCAGCAAGUCGUCGCUCGCCAGGGCCGCCCCAUUGUGAUCUGUGACAAAGAUGAUUACGAGACCAUCAAAAACUCCAGCCGCACCAUCAAAGUGCCUCACUGUGUGGACUGCCUGCAGGGCAUCCUGAGCGUCAUCCCUCUGCAGCUGCUGUCCUUCCACCUGGCUGUCCUCCGAGGCUUCGAUGUGGACUGUCCAAGAAACCUGGCCAAGUCGGUGACUGUGGAGUGAACAUCCAUCACCACACAACAAAAGCCUGGCAGGCACACAAAUCGAACACCGAAGGAGCGUCUGUUUGAAGAAACGAAGAGAAGACGAUGUCCUGUUUAUGUGUGUUAUCGUGUCACGGCUCUUUUUAAUGCAAUCUUUUACUCAACAGUCGUGUAUAUCACUGUUGCAUAUUCUCUGUAACCUACUGUCUAUUUUCUUAGAAACCUCUGGCAUCAUUGUCAAAUUUAUUGUUAGAGAAGUUGUGUUGUCUCCGGUGGCAGGGACUGGGCUGGCACUGACAUAUCUUCACCACUCGUCUCGUAGCAGUCGACGACUGGGGUUCAUGCAUGCUCCUGUGAUUUCUGCCUCCGUGUUUAUUAGUGCUGAUUGGUCUCUCUGGGAGCUGAUGUUAGUGCUGCAGACUGACGGACAUUAGGCUUUAAAGACCUCUCUGGCUCCGUUCCUCUUUCAGUGCAAUGAUUUGUAGCUUAGCAGGGAUAUUUUUCUUUGGCAGCUAAUCAUUUGAAGUGUCUUUACUCCUCUGUUGAAGUAAACCACAGUCUUGAAUCAUUCCAAGCCACAGGUCAUCAUCGCUCCUUCGUAAUUGCAGUGCAGUUUCUGACUCCGUUUCCCUCUUGGACUUUGUUCUGAGGACUUAAGCAUCAGAAGUCAGGCCACACAAAAAAAAGCUUGUGAAUACACUACUGUGUAAAGUCAUCUUGGGUAGGUUUACUAAAGCUUCUUCUCGUAUAUAAACCACGAUGUUGUAUAUAAAUCUAGUGUCCUCAGACUCUGGUAAUGGUCCACUUGGCAUUUUCCCACCGUUAAUACUCUUUGUGUACAAUCUUGUAUGAUUCUCAUGCUGACUUCUGUUGCCUCACAAAAAAGAGACCAUUUUGCUUAUUUCUGGUCUCCAGUUUACAUUUUAACUAUGAGCUGAAGUAAUUCAACUUACUAACCUGAAGUAGAAGUUGCACACAGUUUCCAGCCCACACCCUGCCACCACGACUGCUGCAAUCGCAAUACUGGGACCAUUUGUAGUUCGUUUCUUUCUUUCUUUGUUUUAAUUUUAAAGGAUUUUUAUAUUAUUGAAGUUAACUCUUAUUUGAAAGGUGAAUGUUUCUGUCAUUUGAAAUGUCAAACCAAAAAAAAAAAACAACUAUUUCGGCUUUGGUAAUUGUAAACCAAAAUAUAUAUUUUAUGAUUGUCCGUUGUGCAGAGAGGUUUAGUUGAGUCAGAGACAAAAAAGGGGUAAUGAUACAGUUGGGCAUAAGAAAAGGUAGAUGAGCUGCCUUUUUUUUUUUUUUUUUGAUUACUUACUUUAGGUUUGAAGAAGUUUGUCAAGUACAAUCAAGCCUUAACAAUGAUUUUCAUUCUGAACAGUUAUUUUUCCAUUAAUUUCUUCCUGAGUUGUGUUUGAAAACUGGAUGAUGUCACAGGUACUUUCAGAUGAAUUGACACAGGACACUGCACUGAAUCCUGGUAGAAGCUGUUUGGUCACUGAGGGAGUGGGGCACUAUUUAUUAGUGGAACUGAUGCAAUAAAGUGUCAUGUAAUUCUC